AUGAUCCCAGACAUAAGCGGAACCAGCCAUCUUGAACUAGGAGCGGCAGCAACGGAAGACGGCAAGUCGGCCAAGCCCAACAAGCCCGCACCAGAACCACCGCUGGCAUCCGACGGACUCGUCACUUGGUCUCUGGUAGGCGACCAGAAACAGGAGUCAAUCAAGUACACUAUUCACGGAGACGAUGGCAUCCGCGCUACAGAGGCCAGUUUUAACCAGGAGGAUAAGCGCACGCCUGUUGAUCUAGAAGAUUUUCAAGAUGGCGGCAAGUAUCGCUCCAUUGUCAGGAUUGAAAGCCGUUGGGGAGGCGAAAGGACGGCGCCGUGGACUUUAGGCACUGGCUGGCUAGUGCGUGAGGAUCUCGUCAUCACAGCCGGCCGCAACGUCUUCAGCGCGGCCCAUAGAUGUCAGGCGUCACACAUACAGUGCUGGGUCGGCUAUCGCGGGGGCUCAUUUAUCGACGAGUCGAGCGAACAGUACCGCAGCGCGCUCAACGUUGUGACCACCAAGUCCUGGCUUCGGCAGCAUAGCGACCGAGACCGCCGCGACCUAGCACUUAUUCAGGUGGAUAAACCGUUUGCAGGAAAUCUCAGACUGUUCAAGUAUAUACAAACACCGACUGCUAAAAAAGAGGGCACUAUUAUCGUCGUUGGUUAUCCAGGUGAUGAGCAUCUGGAAACUUUUGUCGGCGAAACUAGUUUGUGGAUGUGCGAGGCGCGGCAGAAAGCAAACUAUGACCUUCACAAGAGCGCCAACCACAUGAUCGAGUAUAACAUGGAUAUAUAUGGAGGUCAAUCGGGAGCCCCUAUUCUUUUCAGCGAUCAUACCGGCACGGUGGUCAUUGGCACGCACUGCUAUGGUGGAACGGGGGAAAAGGUAAACUCUGGAAGCCUCAUCGGUGGCGAGUAUGGGAACAAUUAUGAAGAGUUUAUCAAGCGCGUUGAGCUCAGCAAGAGGGAGGAGCCUUAUCGCCUGGGCGGCUUUCAGCCAAAGUUUGCCCACCCCGAGUCGCAACUGGAUUCCUAUUAUACCGAAUUCAGCAGCAGCAGCAGAAGCGGCGGCAUAAAUGAUUUCUGGGCCAUGCUCAACCGUGUUAAGGAAAUCGGUCUCUACCCACCCGGGGGAGGGGAAAACCUUACUCUAGGGCCCGUCGGAUGGCUCAUGGGCACCAUCGCUGGCGGCAUGAUCGGUCUCCUUUCUGCAACUGCUGAGGCUGCAAGCCAAGAAAAGUCCGAUUAUCCCCCGACCGAAUUAUUCUACGCCUGCGCCUGUCGUGCACAGCUCGCCGAGGCGGCCUUCCAGUGUGUCAUGCGACUCACUCCAUCUGAGGGGAGGGAAAAGAUCAUGCUCAAGAUGCAGGACUACUGGGUCCACCACCUCAGCUGGCUGCCCUUCGACAUCCUGAGCGAGCCCCAUCUACUGGCCCAGCUCAGCCCAAUCUUCGACGACUUUGGCUUCCGGCUCGCAGUCAGCCAGUGGCAGAAAGACGUCAGCGCGAACCCAGAGGUGAAGCCCUUGGGCCAGGAGUUCCUGAAGCUGAAGGACCUUGUACCGGUAAACUUCAAACAACGCGGCGACGAGCUGCUCUGGAGGCUGUCCAGGAUGCCAGCGCGGUUCGUGCACAAUGUCGACCAGAAGAACGUCGAGUCGGCGGCCGGCUGGCUGGCUGACGUGCUGAAAGCGGCCAUCCGGGUGGCCAAGCCGAUUGUGAGCGAAAGCGCCAGCCGAGAUCUGCGCCGUAUCGUUGACGCGAUGGGUGAGGUCCCCUGGCUAUACCCGGAUACAAUAUCUCAGGAGAUGAGCUGGAUCGUGAAGCGUGCCGUCGUGGCCGACAUUGCACUGCAAGUCCUAGAGGGCCUGGAUCUUAGGACGCUCGGCGAACUCACCGUGAUGCCCCGCGGGACGGAGCUGGAGUGGGCGACGGCAAAUUUCACGACAAUCAUACAGCAGAUGGGACCAAAGCCGAUCAUUAUUGCCGAGAUCUCCAUGAUAAGGCAUUUCAGGCCCAUUUUCUAUCGCCUCAAGGACCAGACAAUCCAUCCACCUGGCGGCAAGGCCGUGACAGGUUCGGCCGUGGCGAAAGCCGACGAGGCUCCGGGUGAGCCCCAUGAGAAUGGAAAUAAGACACCUGCGCAUUCCCCCACAGCGGUUCCCGAGAUCAAGAAUGUUUGA